CUUGGAUGAUUUUUGUUCCACAAACCUGGAACCCGCAUUGCUUAGCUGCCUUUUGAGGUACUCCAGAAUUUCUGAUUGAUGACUUUAUGACGAUCGGGUCGCAAAUACCCGUAGCGACUCGAGUGAAAUGAAAAUGGACCGCCACGGCGGCGAUGAGCCCCUCGUCUUCCAUUUCUCAUUCCCACCGUACUGCGUAGUCCAAUGAGUAAUACCCGCGGCGACGGCGGCGGCUAUCUCCUCGAACGGUCUCAAUUUUCUGUGCUAUCAGAAAUUUUUCUCGUAAUGGCUUCCUCUCAUCGUCAAAACGUUAGCAUUCCUCACGCUCAUGGUCGUUCUCAAGAAUAGCGAUAUGCUUUCUGCCAUCCUCAAGCCUCAUAGUGAUGAAGAAGUUUGGUGUUUUCCUCGCUUCUAUCUUCCGCAUGCCGAGCCUCCGAAGCAGCAACUCGUGUGUCCUCCCGAUACUCAUACAAUAACAAACCAAUCACUAUGUGUUCUAUUCCUAACGGAUGCAUUUUUCCUCUCUGUCACAAGAACAAUGUCUCUGUUCCUCCCGCCUCUCCCGGAUAACCGUCUAAAGUCUUCGAUUUCGCACGUUCUUCCCCGCCAUUUAUCUAGGAUCCCGUCUUCCAGCCAUGCCUCUUCGUCUGUACUUCUCAAAACAAAUCCACUCAUUACAUUGUGGGAGUUAUGGGAAGGUUGGUCGACGGAGAUCAUUCUGGGGUACCAUUCCACUUUUCUAGUUCUUGAUUCAGACCCUGAAGCCCCUGAUGGAUGCACCAUUAUCCCUCGCUGCUACUUGUUUCACCGGUUCUCUUUGCGCCCCGAAGCAGCAGCAAUACCGGUGUCUGUACUCACCUGGAUCCCAAUCUUAGGUCUUCACGGAACACACUAG